AUGACCAGCCCCGAGGGAUUCACCAAGGUCAUCGAAGAAACCCGCCUGAACGCUACCGUAGAUUCCAAUCCCUAUGGACCCAACCCUGCAGACUAUCUCUCCAAUGUCUCGAGUUUCCAACUAAUCGAGCUGACAUUGCGUGAAGGUGAACAGUUUGCCAAUGCGUUUUUCUCCUUGGAGAAGAAGAUCGAGAUCGCACGCGCGCUUGACGAUUUCGGGGUCGACUAUAUCGAGUUGACCUCUCCGGUAGCUUCGGAACAGUCUAGAUAUGACUGUGAAGCCAUCUGUAAGUUGGGCUUGAAGGCCAAGAUCUUGACCCAUAUCCGGUGCCAUAUGGACGACGCCAAGAUUGCUGUUGAGACUGGUGUCGAUGGUGUGGAUGUUGUCAUUGGCACGUCUCAGUUUUUGCGUGAAUACUCUCAUGGUAAAGAUAUGACGUACAUUGCCAAAGCGGCCGUGGAAGUGAUUGAGUUUGUGAAAAGCAAGGGUAUCGAGAUCCGUUUCUCGUCCGAAGACUCGUUCAGAUCCGACUUGGUAGAUCUCCUCAACAUAUACAAGACGGUCGACAAGAUUGGCGUCAACAGGGUCGGUAUCGCCGACACUGUGGGAGGCGCCAACCCUCGCCAGGUCUACGAGCUUGUACGUACCUUGAAAUCGGUGGUGAAUUGUGAUAUUGAAUGUCACUUCCAUAAUGAUACCGGCUGUGCCAUUGCAAACGCCUAUACAGCCUUGGAAGGUGGAGCCAAAUUAAUUGAUGUUUCUGUGUUGGGCAUUGGUGAGCGUAACGGAAUUACGCCCUUGGGAGGAUUGAUGGCGCGUAUGAUCGCAGCUGAUCGAGACUAUGUUUUGAAAAAGUAUAAGCUUCACAAGUUGCGUGACUUGGAGAACCUCGUGGCAGAGGCCGUCCAAGUGAAUAUUCCAUUCAACAACCCAAUUACAGGAUUUUGUGCAUUCACGCACAAGGCAGGUAUUCAUGCCAAGGCCAUUUUGGCCAACCCAUCUACAUAUGAGAUCCUUUCGCCGGGCGAUUUCGGUUUGACGAGGUACAUUCACUUCGCCAACAGAUUGACAGGUUGGAACGCCAUCAAGAGCCGUGUGGACCAAUUGAACUUACAGCUUACCGAUGAGCAAUGUAAAGAAGUGACUGAAAAGAUUAAGAAGCUCGGAGAUGUGAGACAGCUCAAUAUCGAUGAUGUGGACUCCAUUAUCAAAGACUACCACCAGGACGUUUCGAUUCUCAGUUUAGACCCGGAUGCUGUGGGUUUGUUUGACAAGUAUGCGCCUGCCGAAAAGAAACAGAAGUUGUCUGGCGGUGCAUACCUCUAG